CCUCCCGGUAUUGUGCACGCAUCACACCGAUCAUGCUUUCUCACGGAGAAACAUGAUGAGCCUUCGUACGUGGCGGCACGCGCCGUGGACAUCUGAUUGAAGUUCACCGCGAGAUGCUGCGGGCUGAUACUCGCCCGCGAAAUCAUCGCACGGACGAUUCCCACGAUCGGCGAUCGACAAACUGAUUAAUGCAUUUGAUCAACGUCGCAAGAGCAUAAAGAAUUCUCUCCACAUGAACAAACGUUCAUGACAAAAUGCUCGCGUUAAUGACAGGAUAAUGUUACGCUAUUUGCAGUAUAGCGUUGCAAAGUAAAGAGAUGAAAGAAACGUGCUUUGUGACGGAAAUCUGAUCAUCGUAAAUUCGUCCUCUCUGCUGAACCAUGCAACAAUGUCAUUCGAUCAUUUUGCGACAACAAAAGCUGUGGUGUCAGCGUAAUGAGAAAGCAAAAUAGCAAAAAAUGCUGAAAUGCGAUUUCAAUGCGGUUAACUUUGGUAUUCGAUCAUUUAGCAUUUUAGAAGACAAAAAGAAGUGUACAAAAUAUCGACAGAGAAGAUUUAAAAAGUGGAUUUUUUUUAUUUUUAUCGCAUUUUUCGAUGCACUCUCAAAUAUAACCAGAGUCGUGAAGGAAAAAAAUGAUUUGAUCAUUGAUUUUCGGAGUCUUAUCAGCAGACUUCGACAAAAUUUCGGCAGCGUGAGCAUUUCCGCGCCAAUGGACGCGCGUGUUCGCGCGCAUCACCGCUAGCGUCGCGUCAGUUCGAUCGCCGAGCGGCGAAUCGCGUCGUUAUAAGGAGGAUACGUACAAGGCAGUGGUGAGAGUACCGGCGAGCGUUUGGUGAAGCAGCGCGCGGCAGUUCGGCAAUUACAAUCCGGCUCGUCGGUCGCGCACGUGUGUCCGUCGUGUAAGACGCUCCUCGCCACGUGGUGAUACGCGAGCGCGCGCGCGCGCGCGUCCCGAUUCUCUUUCUCUCUCUCUCUCUCUCUCUUUCUCUCAUCCUUCCUCUUUUUAUCCAUUCUACUUCCGGCAUCGCUUAUCUACCUCAGUUUCUAUUUCGCUCCACGUGUCUUACCGCGUUGCACGCGCCUCCGCGGGAAUGCCCACGCGGCACGUCGCGGCAUUCGACGCUCGAGUACUCCGAGUAGUCGUGUGGAAACGCGCGUGACAUUCGCACGCGUGCGCGCGCGUUCCGAUUUCACGGAGGAUUUUAAAUCCGCGAGGAUGCCGGAUAAGGUAGCGCCGGUGGAAAAGUCGAUCCUGCGGUCCCAGGCCGCGGGAUCCGACAACAGCGACGAAGUCAAGUUGAAGAAGGAGCUGGGUCUAUGGAACGGCGUGGCGAUCAUCGUCGGCAUCAUCGUCGGCGCCGGUAUCUUCGUGUCGCCCAAAGGCGUGCUUAGGAACAGCGGCAGCGUCGGCCAAGCUCUCAUUGUCUGGAUCUUUUCCGGUAUUCUGUCGCUGAUCGGAGCCCUAUGUUAUGCCGAGCUGGGUACGAUGAUCCCAAAAUCCGGCGGUGAUUAUGCAUACAUCAGUGAUGCCUUCGGACCUUUGCCGGCGUUUCUGUAUCUCUGGGUGGCUUUGUUCGUCCUGGUACCAACGGGAAAUGCAAUCACAGCACUCACGUUCGCACAGUACAUCCUACAGCCGAUGUGGCCCGGAUGCGAACCACCAUAUGAGGCAGUGCGAUUACUCGCUGCCGUAAUUACAUGUCUGUUAACCGUUAUUAACUGCUACAAUGUCAAAUGGGCGACCAGAGUGCAGGAUAUCUUCACCGGCACGAAGAUCUUCGCGCUAGUAAUCAUCGUAGUGACUGGUUUCUGGUGGCUCUGCAUGGGCCAUACGGAGAACUUCCAACAUCCGAUGGCUGGAACUAACACCCAGUCCGGUUACAUCGCUUUGGCAAUCUAUUCCGGAUUAUUCUCUUACUCGGGCUGGAAUUACCUCAACUUCGUGACGGAGGAACUCAAAGAUCCUUACAAAAAUCUUCCAAAGGCGAUUUGUAUAUCAUUACCGCUUGUGACAGUGAUCUAUGUUUUCGCGAAUAUCGCCUACUUCGUCGUACUCACGCAGGAUGAAAUACUCGCGUCGAAUGCCGUCGCUGUUACCUUUGGUGAUAAACUAUUGGGCGUUAUGUCGUGGAUUAUGCCGUUCUUCGUGGCAUGUUCGACUUUCGGAGCAUUGAAUGGCGCGAUCUUCGCGUCAUCUAGGUUGUUCUUUGUCGGCGCCCGAAACGGACACCUCCCCACUGCCAUUGCCCUCAUUAACGUCCGCAAUUUGACGCCGAUGCCAUCCCUCAUCUUCCUUUGCAUUAUCACCCUGAUACUCCUCAUCAUAGAGGACGUCUACGUACUGAUAAAUUAUGUCAGCUUCGUUGAGGCUCUAUUUACUACACUCUCCGUAUCUGGUCUGUUGUGGCUACGUUACAAAAAGCCCGAUCUCCAACGUCCGAUAAAGGUUUCCAUAAUUUUGCCAAUCAUUUUCUUCAUAAUCUGUGCAUUCUUGGUCACCUUUCCGUGCUAUGUCUCGCCAUGGGAAGUAGGCAUAGGCAUAAUCAUAAUCUUGUCUGGUAUUCCUGUGUACUGUAUCUUCAUCGAUUGGAAAACGAAGCCCGACUGGCUUGUCAAUGCAUCCCAUAAAUUUAAUGUGAUAUGUGCAAAGCUAUUCAUGUGCGUUCCUGUGCAAGAAGAAAAGACCGAAUGAAUGUACGACUCAUUGUGAUCGGAAAAUUUCAAAUUGUGACACCCGAAUUUAAAAGUGCAUUUUGCACACGUGGUACUUUUUCCUAGGUAGGUAGAUUAUAAUUAUGAAAAAAAUACAAUGUCAGACAUUGUUUUGAACGGUAUAAGUAUUAAUGAUAAUGCGCGAGCUUGUGACAUAGCACUGUUGCCGAUAGAUUCAUAAUUUUUAUAUUCUAAAUAUAUAUGUAUUCGAAAGUAAUUUUUAUACA